UUCCUGACCCGUUUGCUGUGAAGCCUUUGAUUUGCCUUGGGAAAGUGACAUGGGGCUUAGAAGGCACAGCCCUCGAAGUAACAUCUCGUAAGGGUGCUCUUAGCAUGCCAUGCCGCAGAAGCUCAAGUUUUGCUCAAUACUCAAGAUCAUGUUUUAUGAGGGGAGAAUGAGAUGAGCAUCUAAACUGUAGCUCCUACAAUCAAACUAUAUACUAUGUCGGCGUUGCAUGGUUGAGUCCGUCAACUUGAUGUUACCAGCGGGGUGGUGGCACACCCCAGACAAUUUUUUUCGUGACAAGCUCCUGGGUUGCCGACGACUCACAACUCAACUCAACCACAACCAUCUCAAAAACUUAAAGCCAUAAAACAAUUUCUUCAGCAACACAUCACCUUCAGUAUCUCACUUUUUCACAAACAAGAGUCUGCGGGAAAAAAAAACCCCCCAAAAAACCGUCAAAAUGCCAAUCCUCUUCUGCCCCUACUGCGCGAACAUGCUCAUCCUCUCCCGGAUGGACACAGGCGGCAACCGCGUAGAAUGCCGCACCUGCCCCUACCAGCACGCCAUCGAGAAGCCCUACUACUCCCGCAAGGUCUUCCCCAAGGUCGAAAAGGAAGAUCUCUUCGGCGGCCCUGAUGCCUGGGCCAACGCGCAAAAGCAAAAAGUGCAGUGCUCGUCCGCUGAGUGCUCGGGCGGGGAGGCAGCUUUCUUCCAGGUGCAAAUUCGCUCUGCCGAUGAGCCCAUGACGACAUUCUACAGGUGCUUGACCUGCGGGAAGAACUGGAGAGAAAACUGAUUUCUUAUGGUGGAUGGGGAUGUGAGAGAGCAAAGGUUCAAUGGAGAAGGAAGCAUUGCAUGGAGUUCUGGUUAUGGGGGUAUCUUGAUUAUUCAUUAUCUGGUGGUUGGCGUUUAUGUUGGAUAUAUCAACGGGAGAUGUGCCUGCCUCUCAUCAAGGAGACCGCGUCUGGAAAAUAUACACCCUUGCCCACGUG